AUGAGGUGCACGCCACAAGCAGCUCUGAAAGCAAUGCUGAAUUUAAGGUCUCUGGGCCUCAGCAUUAAGUGUCAGGCCGCGCGUAUUGAACAAAAUCUUUGGCGAAGUUGUACCUUUGGGCAUGGUUGUAUAUUGGACGAACCAGAAUCGUACAACUACAACACCACCAAUAUGUCCAAUAAAACGACAAAUAAUUUAUUAGCACCAUCAUCGCCCACAUCCUUGAUGAUUCCACAGACACCACCAAAUACCGGAAGCGGUUCCGCGACAGGCAAUCCUCGAAAUAAAUGUGCCUUAAAACCGGGACAUUCCUUGAUGGAUUGGAUACGUUUGGGAAAUUCUGGUGUUGAUCUAGCGGGAACGAAAGGACGUAUAAUACCUGUUACACCAGAAGAGCUGGCCAAACAUAAUACCAGAAAUGAUGCCUGGAUGGCGAUACGAGGAGUGGUAUAUAAUGUAACACGUUAUAUGGAUUUUCAUCCGGGAGGUGUUGAUGAACUAAUGCGUGGUGUGGGUAAAGACGCCACAAAACUAUUCAAUGAAGUUCAUGCAUGGGUGAAUUAUCAACAGUUACUUAACAAGUGUCUGAUUGGUCCUCUGAAACACUCCAAAAAAGUAGAGAAAGUAUUGGAGGUAUCCACGAAUGACUUAUCACCUAAAUUUACAAGACCUCCGUUGCCACCUGCUACACAAGAUGUUGUUCCACGAUUAGAUUGGAUACAAAAUCGCAAUAGUUUAACACUUUACUUUUAUACAAAACAGUUUUGCAACCCUGGUUCCUUAAUACGUAAAGUUCCUGAACGCCCAAAUAAUCAUAUAGAAAUUUCGAUACUGAUAGACAACUAUAUACACAAAUAUGAAUUUGAGCUACAUGCUGAAAUCAAAUGGCCACCUAAAGAUGUGAAAAUGAAUACCGAAAGUGGUAAAUUGGAAUGUAGUUUUGAGAAACCUGAGGAGCGAAAGGAUUUAUGGCCUCAGUUGGGGAAACAACAAGUGCAAAAAGUGCUUAAAAAUUCCGUGGAAGAUGAGUUGUUAAUGGAUUUUAAAACAAGUUUACAGCGACAGUAUAAUCAUAAUUCCUUUGUCCUUGUGCUAAAUAGUCCUAAUGUGAUUUAUACUCUACCACUUGGUUAUCAUGUCUCCUUGGAAUGUCUGAUAAAUUCUAGAAAUUUAAGUAAAUGUUAUACACCAAUUCCCAGUCGAUAUCUAAAAGACGACAAAGACCUCAACAACUGCGGUGACAUGGAAAUGUGUAAUUUAAAUUUUCUUAUUAAAAAAUAUACACAUCCAAAUAGUUUUUCCGGACAUUUAAGUUCACUUACAAAUGACAUGACGAUAAGGGUGUCAAUACCCAAAGGUAACUUUAAAUUAUCCAAACUGGCAGGACAUCGUAAUAUUUGUUUCCUAGCUGCUGGUAGUGGUCUGACGCCAUUCCUGCCGUUAAUUGAUCAUCUAUUGAAAAGAAAUACCAAUAGAAUAGAACUUUUGAAUUUGUUGUAUUUUAAUAGAACCUCUGAGGAUAUAUGGUGCCACGAUAUGCUUUCUAAUAUUGCCAAAAAUGAUGAAAGAUUUGAAUUUACAAAUAUCCUUUCAAAUCCUGAUGCUAGUUGGACUGGAGCUAAGGGUCAUGUAUCCAGCGAACUGCUGGCACCUUUGCUGGAUAAAUCAAAACCCGAUAAAAUAACAUUUAUAUCCGCAUGUGGACCCUCUGGAUAUAAUACAAAAGUGGAGGAAAUUCUACAGGAAUUGGAAUUUCCAAAAGAGAAUUUAUUUAUAUUCUAA